CUUUCUUUCUCUGGCUGCUAAACUGGCAGGCGUGCAUAACAUAUAUAUACAUACACACACACUAAUUCAUGAGUCACGGCCGUCGCCAUCCGGUCGAUUCUGCCUACUUGGAACCCCCCUCACCGACUUCUCCUUCCCUUAUUUCCUCAUCCUCUCAGACCCCUCUUAAUCAAACAGGAACCUCUCGUUCCCAAUCUCAUGAAGAAGAGCUCACCAUGACCAACGACUCUACCGAUGCUAUCAACGCUGCUGAUUCUGCCGACGAUACCACUUAUUUUUUACUAGACAUUAAUGCAGACAAUACAAACGAAGAAACAUCUCACAGUAACGAACGUCGUUCACGACGAUCCAGUAAAAGCAGCACAGCUUCGUCGAGUUCGAGUGUGUCUGCGCAAGUGGUCAUUGAUCACGGAAACACGUUGCCACGACGAUUGGAAAAGAGCGGUGCUGCUCAUUUACUUCGUCCCGCUGACGAUGAAUCCGAAAGCGAUUAUGCAUACAGUUACACCGCCGGCCAUCGUGAAGUGGAACCACUGUCAAGCACAGAUCGCCAAUAUUAUACCAAGACGUCAACGGACGACCACGAUGGAUCAAGACCGGCGUUUAAUACAACGAAUUCGAGUGACGCCGAUGGACGUACCACGGGCGCUUUUAGCUCCCAAAAGAAUACAAGGCAGCCUUUCCGACAACGAGAAAGCCACAACUCGAGAGAUCAGACCGUGGCCGAUGAGGGCGACAGCCGAGGAUCCGACAAUCAUACUUACAGGAAAUCAAACGAUCACGAUAACGGCAAUGGUUUAACGACGGUUUACACAGAAGAACAAGAUGAUUUAAUGGACGAAAUGCCCAGUUGGGAUCAGGAAAGGUUGCGCCACAGAAAAACAAUUGCUUAUGAACGCACCAACGAUGAAAACGAGCACUCGUAUAGCCCGCGGGCAGGCCAUCGAAGGCUUGAUAAGAGGACCCAGCGCGUAUUGCAAACCGAUCUGCAAUCCCAUUCUUGGAGUCGCAGAGAAAGCCUUCAGAGUAACCGCGAUCCGGGACUAUCCAGUGACGAUGCUUUGAUGAAACUAUUGCAUAUAGCACAUCAAAUAUUGGAUGAAGAACGCGCCAAAAUUGCAAAAACCAUUGAUAUUCGAGACUUCAUGUUUCGACCGGAAUCGAUUCUCUCCGUAGUGGUAGCCGCUGUGUUGCUGGCUUUUUAUAUUGCGGGUUAUUUAAAAGGUGCUCCUUACCAGUACCGUUUUACCGGGGCUCUGGUGGAAUCAUUGCUGAUCCUUGCCAUGGUGGCGUGGAACGGUUAUUUGUUGCACAGGGAAAAGACGUUGGCGUAUCGGGAAGUGACAGAUCGUGCUGCGACCAUCAUUUCGGCAUUGGAACGGAGUGGGAUGAACAUGGUGCAGGAUACGAAGAUUCCUUUUAUUCCCUCCAUGUCGGUGGCCAAGGUGGUGCGUGAUGGCGUGGUGCGUAUUUUCCCUGUCAAUUUGCUGGUGGAAGGCGACGUUGUGGAAAUGCUGUAUGGCGAUGUUGCGCCCGGUCGAAUGAAGUAUAUUCACAAACCACCACCGUCCACUGACCCGACGUACUCAUGCAACCCUCCAGAAGAAUCAAAAUCGAGUACAAAGAUAGAUACCACCUCGGUCGCAUCCUCCAAACAUUCCGAUACCGCCAAUCCCACAGUGCCUGUCCCACUUCAAAUGCGCGAAUAUUACUUGGCCCAGGAUCAAGCUUUCAAGCCUUCGUUCUUCGGCAUUCCGCCACCAGCGGGUCUGGUGGACGAAUAUCUACGUGCACGCGGUCGCCACCAGUUCAUCCUUCUCGAAACGCCGUUGGAAAAGAAUAUGCGCACCGCUCUGACGCAACAGCGUCCGGCCACUGUGCUCGCCAACGAAACACGUGUUCUUGUGCGUGUCUUUUAUCGAUGGAUUAUAUGGAUUGUUCUAGCGAUCGCCCUCGUCGUAAAUUUGUUGCGGUUUGGCCUCCGCGAUAUUGCUGUAGACCAUUUUCCCGCGGAUCAAUUGGUCGAACAAGUGUUUGCCUUGUCCGCCUACGCCAUCCUUCCUCUUUUACCGUUAUGUUUGCCCACGUUGUGGUUGGUGGCUCGUAGUUUCGGCAACGCUCAACUAUUGAUCUUGUUUGAAGCGCUUCAAAUUUCGAAAACAGAGUAUGAAGACGACGACGAAGUGGAUGAAUUUGAUGCGGAAGCUCCACCGCCGACCAAAGACGUUGAACUGAGCCCCAAUGCGGUGUGGGAUCGAUUCUGUGCCUUGCUAACGAAAUGGGACCGACUGUCUCUGACGCGAUCGACCAAUCUCCUCGAAUCUCUGGGCAGUACGACGGUCAUCUGUUGUCUGGACAGAGAAGGUACCAUUUCGAAUCCUUUCCCGACUGUCGAACAGUUGAUGUUUCCCAAUACCGAGGAAGACAUCAACUUUUUGGACCUCGAAGAAGAUUCUGAAGAACCGUUUGGCAUCAAAUUUGAAGAUCAAGAUUGGGAACACUACUUGCCGUGCUUGAAACCUAUUGGAUUGAAUUUUAUGUUGAAUACCAACUGUGGCGUUCUUCAGGGCCGCAAACGAUCCGAUUACCAUCGCCGCCGAUCAAAGUUGCACGUCUAUGGAAAAACAGUACCUGCUCGACAGUCUUGUCUUUGCCGCCUGAGUAAAUGCAUUGGCUUUCGAGAAGAAGCGCUGCAAUCCUUUGCGUUGCGAGCCGAGAUUUACACAUUUGCUCCGUAUCAUGACAUCUUGAAUACGCCACGAUAUCAAUACAGUCAAUAUUUCCAGUUUGAAGUGCCCAACGCUUUGUCCACCGUCUACGAAGAAAAGACGUCGGGCAGUUAUCAGCUGUUGACGGAUGGCCACCCGUCCCUCGUGCUUGAUAAAUGCUCCGAUUAUUGGGAUGGCAACGCACUGCAAACCAUGAGUGAAACCAUGGAGAAGAAAAUCAACGACUUUUUCCAGAACGCCAUGGUUCACGAUAUGCAAUGUAUCGCGUACGCUUACCGACCCAUCAAUACAGUGAAUGGAAGCCGGAUUCCUUUCCUGAACCCGAAUGACGAUGAUAAUGAAGAUCCAGGUUGCGCAUUUGUUGUUCUCCCGUACAAAUCGCCCAGCUCCGAUCAAUUUAGUAGCUCGGACUCGUCUUCAAUGACCUCGACUAGCUCUGCACAGCCUUCUCGACCGCCUUCCCUUCCUCCUGCACCGUCUCCUGUUCCUUCUGUUUCCUUUGCUUCAAUAACCAUGUCUCUGGACAAGGAUGCUUUUAUGGCACCACAGCCAAUGCCCUCGGUCGAUGUGAAUAAGAAUACACUAACCAGUGUGCCUUCGAGACACUCGCCUAAAAAGCUAAAGGAGGUCCAUGCCUCUGACGAUGACAGCGACUCUGACUCGGAUAAUGACGGUUCCACCGACUAUUCUUUCGAGGAAGACCAUCCCGUGGAUGAACAAGAAGAAGAAACCUUUUACAAGGAAGUCGUUAAGGGACAAAUCUUUCUGGGCAUGGCCGCACUCUGCCAUCAGCCCAAGCAGAACGUGGUCGAUUUUAUUGAAGACUUGGGCCUUGCCGGGAUUCGGUUCGUCUACUUUUCGCCGACCGCCGAACGAGAAUCUAAAGCAUUCGCUGAGCGGUUGGGGUUGGAAACGGACUGGAAUAGCUGCAUACUUUUAUCGAGCCCGGAUGAUGAAAACUGUGGGAACGGAUAUUUGCAGACCCACGAUAUCAAGGCCCAAUUACCUCGCGGUAUCGAUCAGAUCCGUCCUCAUCUUGAAAAUGUGGACGAUAUUCCACUCCACGUUUCCUUGUUUGCCGAAUGUACACCACUGGCUAUCAAGGAAAUGAUUCGCAUUUUCCAAGAAAACGGCGAAGUGGUGUGCUCUAUUGGUAAUGCUCUGAAUGUGAAAAACACCGAAUCGUUUGCUUUGUCCGACAUUAGUAUUGCCAUGGAGCCCAUGCAUACCCGAGCACAGACCAAGGGACGAUUGUCUUUGAAUGGCCGACAACCGCCUUUGGCAGUAGGUGCGUCCCUGGUGAGUUUGCCUUGCGGAUUGUUCAUGCAGUAUGAAACCAGUCUCUAUGCUGUAACGCAAUUAAUCAGAGACGCACGUCGACUCCUCAGCUGUGUCCGCACCGUAAGUCCCAUUGUCGCUAGACAGACAUAAAAAGGAACAUUUUUUCUUGACCUUCAAGGUUUAGGGAUUCGCAUUCUACGCGGCGGCGUGUAUGUCGCUUACGGUGAUGCAGUUGCUUUCAUUUUGUAUGCUGUUACCGCCUCUGGUAAACGGCUAUCAAAUCCUGUGGAUCAUGUGGAUAAUCCUGCCUAUGCUAUCGAUGUCGAUGCUUUUCACUCCGCAC